AUGAAUAUCACAAAGAAGUUCGACCGCGCCUUCCAGUGGGCCGGCGAGAAGAUGGGCUCAGAAGCCAGGACAAACAUGUCGGAUGACUUCAAAACCCUAGAGACAGAGAUGGCCCUCCGCUUCGACGGAAUGGUGAAGCUCCAAUCCUCCAUGAACGAGUAUGUCAAAUGGCUCUCCCGUCGUGCCGAGGGCAUGGACCGCGAGAAGGGCGUGCCUGCAGCCAUUCUGGGACGGUCGAUGAUAGCACACGGCGAGGAUUUCGACAACGAUUCCGAGUUUGGAAACUGCCUGAUUGCCAUGGGCCGGGGCAACGACCGCGUAGCCAACAUCCAGGAGCAGUUUGCCGCCGACGCCAGCUGCUUCUGGCUCGAGUCACUCGAGAGGUCGCUGGCAAUGAUGAAGGAGUAUCAGGCUGCCCGCAAGAAGCUCGAAUCCCGCCGGCUAGCCCUCGAUGCCUCCACAACCAAGAUGCAGAAGGCCAAGCGUGAUGAUUUCCGCAUUGAGGACGAGCUGCGUAGCGCCAAAGCCAAGUACGAAGAGUCUUCCGAGGACGUAUACCGACGGAUGCAAGACAUCAAGGACGCCGAGGCCGACAGCAUCCGCGACCUGACGCGGUUCCUCGACGCUGAGCUGGACUACCAUGAGCGGUGCGCCGAGGAGCUGCGCCGCGUGCGACAAUCCUGGGUCGCAGGGGCGGCCGGAGGCGGCUCGCCCCACUCACGCCGGCCUUCAGGACGCAGCAGGUCCAACACCGCAGAGCAGUCGUCUUACGGCGGCCCACGGCUGGCGCUCAGCAGGACAAACAGCAACGUGUACGAAGACGAGGAGGCGGACGACUUCCCCUCUCACAACGCACGCGCGCCCAUCCGCUCGCAGUCUCGCAUCAGUGUCAACAGCCAAGCAUCCGACCGGCCAGAGAUGCCCGCCCGGCCUGGUAUUUCUAGGAGCAACACAUACCAGAACGAACGCAACCUCGGCGCAAACCUGUCCCGCACGACCUCUGGGACAUCGACGCCACUCAGAGAGGCCCCUCCUCCGCAGAUGAAUGUCGGCUCCCUCCGCGGCCAGCUGCGUCCCACCGGAAGCAGCAGGGCGUCCGCGAUGGAUGUCUUUGCGGACCAUGACGGCGACGACACUGGCGGCAGCAGCGACACAGCGGACAGGAGCACGAGCCCAGCCACGAGUUACGGAAGCCUUAGCAGAACAAACACCGCCCCCAGCGUCGCCAUCGGAAAGAAAGCCCCACCACCGCCACCGCCUAGCAGGGCCAAGAAGCCCGCACCACCUGUGCCAAUGCGCCGGGAGGUUGGGUACUAG